AUGACCAUGGCACAUGUGGACAGUGAACAACAUCCGAUGUCGAACGGUUGCGAGAACAAUGCCGAAACGAUCGUCGAGCCAAUGGAUCUGAGCACAUCGAUGCCAAACGGCACAUUGUCGAAGUCACCACUUGAGUUUACCGAUGGGCAGUUAUCACCGGCUUCUCUACGACGUCGCAGCACCCGAGCAAGUGCGUUGAAAGCUCAGGAGAAAAUUAAACUUAAAGAUGACAUCGUUGUGACGGCAAACCUGGAGAGGGGUGAUAUCGAAGAGGACGGUGAAUCGGCCCCGAAGAAACGAAGGCUACAUGAUGGAUCCGUUUUCGAUCAGUUCAGUCACAAGUUUGGAUUACGAGAACAAGAUGGGAACGUAUACCCAUUAACAGACGAGAGUGAGGUGUCGUCAUUACAUGAUAGCGAGAUCAUCACGCUUAAAGCCAGCUAUGAUAAGUUAAUGAGUAAGGAACUUACACUCGAGCAGCGGAAUGAAAGGACACGUAUGAUCAAACAGUGUGAGGCAGAAUUACGAUUAGAGGAGGCAAAGUUGACGAUGUUAAAGAAAGUAAAAGCGAGCCAAAUGCUUGCUAAUCAGAAGCUUCAUGAAUCUAAGAAGUCAGCUCCUCACGUACCGUUGAACAAUACCAGCGGCGCAUACAAGCCUCUUGUAGCACCACCGCUCAAUAAAAGUGCUUCAACUCCUGCCAAUGGGAGAAGCUCAUCGUCACGUGCAAAUCCUGUUCUAGGCUUAGCUGGUUUAACCACUCAACAACAACAAGAGCUGCUUCGUAGUGCACAGGCGAAUCCUGCAGCUCUACAAGCUCUGCUUAUGCAGGCAGCCAAAAACGGACAGUCUCCAGCGCAAGCACUGGCGGCACUAUUUGCUAAUCACGCAUCAACAUCAGCUCAAGCUACUUCUGCAACUCAGCAACUUAAGGAACAACGUGUAAAGGAAGAGCAAAUGCUUAAAGAACAAGCUGUAGUUAAUCAAGCAAAUACUGCUGCUCAACAGGCAAAGUUGCUGGCAGCCCAGACACCGCAGCAGCGUGCUGCUACAGCAAGGCAAGCGUUUCGUAUGCAAGCAGAUAAGCAACUCAUGCAGCAAAUUUCUGCUCCUAAAGCACCGCCAAUAGAUUUGUUCUUCAUUCCAAAUGGCUCACAACCAGAUUUUUGUUACCUCGUAGGCCUGGAUCUCGUCGUUCAACGGGUACUUAAAGACAAGAACGCGUACAGGACUGUUUCCGAGGUGCCUUAUGAAUGCGAGGAAUGUGGUACGGAUUUCACACCAUCAUGGAAGGCUAUCGGAACCUCAAGCUCAGAUAUGCAUCUCUAUUGCGAACAAUGUGUACGUACGGCACAGAAGCGUAAAAUUCGAACAGAUCAUACUAAUGUGCUUAAGAAAGCCUACAACAAAAUUAAUAGUCAAGAAAAGGAAUUUGAGAAACAAAUAGCUGAUGGGAAACUGGAAGCGGCUCUUGCAGCGGCUGCUCAAGCACAUGCAGCAGCAGCAGCAGCGGCUACGUCGAGUUCUGCUGCAGCGUCAACUAGUCAAGCACAAAACCUGAGCACUAAAUCGCAUCCGAAUCCUCUGCAAGGAACUCCACAACGUAGCGGCACUAGCACACCGACAGUUCCGCCGGCGACAACGCCUUCGUUGCCGAAAAUGGGCGCACCGUCAUCAUCCACAUCCAGUACUCCUUCUUUGAAGAAAUCCAGUAGUGCUAUAGGACUGAACAUGGCAGCGAUGCAACAACAAAUGGCCGCAAUGCAACAGUUGGUUCGAGCAAAUCCUAUGAUGGCAAUGGCUGCGAGUCAAAUGGCAGGAGCCGCUGCUGCGGGUAAUCCUAUGGCAAGCAUGAUGCAGCAGAUGUGGAAUCCUAUGAUGUUGCAAGCAGCUGCAACACAAAUGCGCUUACAACAACAGCAAGUACAGCAGCAGGCUAAUCAACCGAACAUGGCAAUGUCUAUGCUCGCACAGGCUGUUCAACAUGCUCAAUCAUCGGGAUUAGCUGGUCAAAAUAACACCGCCAUUGCUCAACUUGCUGCAGCAGCUGCCAUUAAUCCGGCGUUGAUGAACAAUCCUCAGUUGUUGCGUCAAAUACAACAGAUGCAAAGUCGUGGUCUGAUAGAGUCGCUUAGAGGCAAGAAGUAG